AUAAUUAUGCUGCCGAAAUUAUCGCUUGCGGUGGAUCUGCUGAACAAAAACCUGAUGCAAAAAGUGAUAAAGAUUGUGCAAGGCUUAACUUAGCGAAACCAGAUUUUGGUUGGACUUUAGAACCUUUCGGAGAUUUCGAUACAGGACGUUUAAUGGGUGAUUACAUCUAUAUGCCUGAUGGCAAAGUAUUUAUUGUAAAUGGUGCUGGUAGAGGAUUCGCUGGUUGGGCAAGUUUACCUCAAAAGAUACCAUUACUUUAUGAUCCUAAAGCACCUCUUGGAUCUCGUUUCACUAGGAUGGCAGAAGCGAAAAUCAUCCGUGUUUAUCAUUCAACUGCAACUUUGAUCCCAGAUGGUACAGUUUUUGUCGCUGGUAGCAAUCCAAAUCCUGAGUAUUGUGGCAAUAGUUCUUGUGAAUACCCUACAGAAUACCGUGUAGAAAUUUUUGAACCUGCAUAUCUUUUCAAAGGCAUUCCCCGGCCUAUUAUUAAGAGUAUUAAGGGUAUAGAGACCUUCAACUCCUUAACAUCAAUACAAGUAAAAUAUGGAGAGGCAAUUACUAUAACUAUGGAUCUAAAUGACAGCGCUGCAAAUAUUACUGCUGCUUUAAUUCAUCCUGGUUUCGUUACACAUUCACUGCACAUGUCUUCACGAUAUGUAAGCUUACAAACUAAAAACCAAGUACCAAUUCCAUCAGGAUACUCUGUUGAUGUCAUUUUACCACCACAUCCUAAUAUCAUGCCACCAGGACGGCAUACUUAUAUUUUUAUCUUAAACAAGGGAACGCCGGCAAAUACUGCUAUCGAAAUUGAUCUCAAGCGAUCUUAA